AUGCAGGAAGGGGAAGAGCAAGCACCUACAGCCCUUUUCCCUGAGCCCCUCCUUAAGGACCCAAGCAACACCGGGCGAGUGGGGGGCCUGCGCCUGGCGGCCGAGGAGGCCAGCAGCGAGAAGCAGGCGCUGCAGAGAGAGAGGGAGAGCCUGGAGGAGACGCUGCGCGGGCUGCAGGCGCGCUACGAGGAGGAGAUCCUGAGCCGGGAGGAUGCCGAGGGCCGGCUGCUGGAGGCGCGCAAGGGGGCCGACGAGGCGGCGCUGGCGCGGGCCGAGCUGGAGAAGCGCAUCGACAGCCUGCUGGACGAGCUGGCCUUCCUCAAGAAGGUGCACGAGGAGGAGCUGGCCGAGCUGCAGGCGCAGAUCCAGUACGCGCACCUCUCGGUGGAGAUGGACGUGUCGGCCAAGCCCGACCUCUCGGCCGCGCUGCGCGACAUCCGGGCGCAGUACGAGAAGCUGGCGGCGCGCAACAUGCAGAACGCCGAGGAGUGGUUCCGCAGCCGCUUCACCGUGCUCACCGAGAGCGCCGCCAAGAACACCGACGCCGUGCGCGCCGCCAAGGACGAGAUCUCCGAGAGCCGCCGCCUGCUCAAGGCCAAGACGCUGGAGAUCGAGGCCACCCGCGGCAUGAACGAGGCGCUGGAGAGGCAGCUGCAGGAGCUGUCCAAAUUUUAUGUUGCUGAAUAUUCUCAUUCCCAACAGGACACAAUUAAUAAAUUAGAAAAUGAACUGAGAACCACAAAGAGUGAGAUGGCCCGUUAUUUGAAAGAAUAUCAAGACCUUCUCAAUGUGAAAAUGGCUCUGGAUAUUGAAAUUGCAGCAUACAGAAAACUAUUGGAAGGGGAAGAGACACGGCUUAGCUUCACCGGUGUUGGAAGCAUAACUAGCGGCUACACUCAAAGUGCCCCAGUCUUUGGCAGGUCUGCCUACAGCGGUUUACAGAGCAGCUCCUACUUGAUGUCAGCCCGUUCCUUCCCUGCUUACUACUCCAGUCACGUCCAGGAAGAACAGAUAGAAGUAGAGGAGACGAUCGAGGCAGCAAAAAUGGAAGUGGCCAAAGAAGCACCCCCUUCAGAAGGCGAGGAGGAGGAGGAGAAGCAGGAGGCUGAGGAAGAGGAGGGAGGAGAAGAAGCUGAGGAAGAAGGUGCCAAGGAGGAAUCUGAGGAAGCCAAAGAGGGUGAGGAGGAGGAAGGAGGAGAAGAGGAGGAAGCAGAAGAAGGAGAGGAAUCCCAGGAGGUUGCUGAGGAAGCUGAAGAUGGGGAGAAGAAAGAAGAGGCAGCAGGAAAGGAAGAGAAAAAAGAGGAGAAGAAGAAAGAUUGAUUUAGACUGCGUGUUGGUUUCCCAAUCAGGUCACAAAACAACCCUCAAAUCUAUUGAGCUAAAAAUGUCGCACCAUGUAUUUAAUUCAGAGACAAUUUAGGUUUCAAGUUCUCUGUUUUCCUCUAUGCACAGUAUCCGUAUGCUUGCAGAGUGCCUAUUGGCUUGCUUCCAGAGUAUGCAUGGUGUUUACUUAUCGGUUCGGGAGUUAUGUUCAAUUUGGAUGAUUCAGAACCUUAAAAUGAAAAAUAUUAAGUCACACGGGAGACAAAAUAUGUUUAAACUAAAUUCAAAAUAGUUAUGGAAACCUUGAGUGGUUAUAGUAAUGAAGGCUUCAGUAAAGUAUGUGCGAUAAAGCUAGACAAUAAAGAACUGCAUACACAGUUU